AUGGAGAUGUUGAGGAUGAAGAGCGAGAAGAAGGCGAUGGAGGCCCGAGUAGACGGUGAUGAAGACGGGCGGCUGGCGGAGGUAGAGCACCACCGAGAGCGGGUCGAUGAAGAAGCGCUUGAGAAUAUGCCCAUGGCCCGGCCUCGGUUUGCUGGCUCCCAGAUAUCGGCGAUGGUGCCGGCCCCCACGGCUUGUGACGGAUGCAGAAGCGCCGCCGCCGAGAAUGCGCAUGACGAGCAGCAUGGAGAUGUUGACGCUUACGGCGCUGAUGAUAGAGAAGAUGAGAAAGAGAGAGAAGGAGAUGAUGUAGAUGGUCCGGCGCCCGAGUGUCUCAGAGAACGAGGACCUGUUGCUGGUCAGAGGGUGGAGGCAGGGCCACACGGGAUCGAGACUACGUACCACCACAGCGGAAAUAUGGACAUGGCCAGCAAAUAG